AUGGCUGCUGGGGAUGGUACUCAGCUGCCGGCGACAGUAGCGGCCAGCAGGAGCAUCGAGAAGUCGUUGGAGGAGGCUGCUUCAACCGGAGCCCUCAACUUGUCUAACCGUAAACUAAAGGAGUUUCCACGGACGGCUAAGAACUAUGAUUUGUCCGACAUUACUCAUGCAGACCUGUCGAAGAACCGACUGUGCGAGCUGCCAGAGGAGCUGUGUCAGUUCAUCUCCUUGGAGACACUCAGUCUCUAUCACAACUGUGUGCGAUCGCUAUCACCCAGCCUGUGUCAGCUACAGGCCCUCAGCUACCUCAACCUCAGUCGGAAUCAGCUCUCCAGUCUGCCCCCAUCGGUGUGUCAGCUCCCUCUUUUGCGAGUUCUCGUCGUCAGCAACAACAAGCUGUCCUCCUUACCCCCCUCCAUACACACACUCAUACAUCUCCGACAGCUGGAUGUGAGCUGUAAUGAGCUGCAGGGAUUGCCCGUGGAGCUGGGACAGUUGGAGGGUUUACGGGAUCUAAACCUGAGGAGAAACCAGCUCACCACACUGCCUGAAGAGUUGUCAGAGUUGCCGCUGGUGCGUCUGGACGUGUCAUGUAACCGCGUGUCACACAUUCCCGUAUGUUACCGUCACCUUCGUCACCUCCAGACCAUCAUUCUGGACAACAACCCCCUCCAGUCGCCCCCUGCUCAGAUCUGCUCCAAAGGAAAGUUUCACAUCUUCAAGUUCCUGAACAUGGAGGCCUGCAAACGCAGCCAGGACCAGCUGGAGAGAGCAUUGCGACCCACUGGCUUCAACAGCUGUUUAUCGGAUCAGGACCUGUUCCCGGGUCAGUAUGGAGGUCUGGACUCUGGUUUCAACAGCGUGGACAGCGGAAGCAAGAGAUGGUCUGGGAAUGAAUCGGCGGAUGAUUUCUCAGAGCGAUCUCUGCGGUUGGCUGAGAGCACACGCGAACACAACCACAAUCUGCCAGAGAAAGAGGAGGAGAAAACCCCCCUGCUGGAGACCCAGAGAAUGAAUGGAGUAGUGGAGCAGGUGGAUUUUAUUGACAGCAGUGUAGCAGAGGAAGAGGAGGUGCGGUACAGGCCAGAGCCCUCCAACUCUCUUCUCACAGCGCCCCUGCAGGAAAAGAGCACAUCACCUGUGUCCCAAAGCCCAGACUCCACUGGCAGCAGGAAAAGUGUGGGCGGAGAUUCAGUUGAUUUGGGGUCUCUAGCAACCCCCCCCAGCCCCACUCUGGAGGAGAAGAGGAGGCCAGGUAAUCUACUCAUCUGGCAGGAGAGAGAGAGAGCCCAGCAACAGCAGAGAGACAAGGCCCGAGACACAGCCUUACAGAAGUGUUCAGCAAAAACAGGAAGUCAUGCAACAGCGACGUCCUCGCAGACAGGAAGUAGCUUGGGUGUCAGCUGUACAGACAGCAGCAGCCCUUCAGCCAAUGGCCUUCGCCACAGAUGUGCGAGUGCGGAUCAGAUGUCUUCAAUGGCUCAAACUCCGUCACUACAACGGUCUGUCAGCCGGACAGAUGUUCCUGCUGCCAAACCCUGCUCUCCUCCAGGCACAGCUCAAAAACCCAACAGCUUCCUGUUCAGAACUUCCUCCCGCUGUAAUGUCAAAACGUCAGGUUCUAUGCAGUGUUUAGCUGAUUCUGGUCGCAGUGAAUCUCGGACCACACUGAAGUCUCCGAGAGAAGAGAGAGCAGACAUAUCACAGCUACGCAAGACCCUGGAGUCACGGCUAAAGAUCACUCUUCCUGAAGACCUGGGAGAGGCACUGUCCAAUGGCACAGUGCUCUGCCAACUAGCCAAUCACGUGCGGCCUCGGUCUGUGUCAAUCAUCCACAUCCCUUCCCCAGCUGUGCCCAAACUUAGCACUGCUAAGUGUCGCCUCAAUGUGGAAAACUUCAUCUCUGCCUGCCGCAAGCUGGGUGUCCCUGAGAUGGAGCUGUGUGUGGUGUCUGAUGUGCUAUGCUGUAGGCUGUCUGCAGUGCAGCGCUGUGUUGAGGCGCUGCUCCUGUUAGGAGGAGACGGAGCGGCGGAGGAGGUGGAGAGGGACUCCCGCUCCCCACUGCUCCCCACAGGCUUCCUGCUGUUCUACUGCGUCAUCAUGGCCCUGCUCUACCUGCUCUACUGCCACCUCCUUGCGUAGUGCCUCUUUCUGCGUGUGCGUGUGUGUUUGCGCGCGUGUGUGUGUGUGUACUUUAAUCCAUGUUUCGCUCACGCACACACCUUUUAUAGCUACUACUCUACACUUUCUACACACUUGACCUACUCAGAGAGAGAGUUUGAGGUUA